GCUUUGACAUCUGCGCGGGCGCCUGGGAACGAGGAUUUCCUUCUUCGGGUGUUGCGGAAAGUUGUUGGCCAGCCUCGUUUAGCGCUGCGUGUUUUUAGGUGUUGUUCGUCGGAGACGUUCGAGACCGCUGAAAUGGCAGAAGAUCUACCUUACAAGGCCGAGUACGCCAAGAGUGGACGUGCAGCUUGCAAAGGCUGCAAGGAAAAGAUCGACAAUGCAGAGCUGCGCCUCGCUGUCAUGGUUCAGUCGCCCAUGUUCGACGGCAAGGUGCCCCACUGGUACCACUUCAUGUGCUUCUUCUCCAAGCAACGACCCAAGUCGGUCGGGGACAUCGACAAGUAUGGGACGCUCCGCUACGAGGACCAGAAGCGGAUCCAGGAGAAGAUCGAAUCCAAGAUGGCCGCUGGGACGACGGCAGACGACCUAAGGGACUUCUCCACGGAGUACGCCAAGUCCAACAAGAGUACAUGCAAGGGCUGCAGCGAGAAGAUUGCCAAGGGCGAGGUGCGCAUCUCCAAGCUGGACUAUGACGGGGCCUUCUCCAAGAUGCGGGGUCCCGUGCCCCAGUGGUACCACGUGGACUGCUUCGUUAAGAAGAGGGACGACCUCGACUACACCCUGGGGGCCGACAGCAUCCCAGGAUUCAUGUCGCUGGGUGUGGACGACCAGCGUAUGCUCAAGGAGAAGAUCAAGAAGUUGGACAGGAAGCGCAAGCCCAAGGCGGCCGACGAGACCGACGGGCCUCCAGCCAAGCAGGCCAAGGUGCCCGAGGAUCCCGAGGAAGAGAAGGCGCUCAAGAAACAGUCCGACCUGGUGUACAAGCUGAGGGACGACCUGCAGAAGAACCUGUCCAAGAAGGAACUGCAAGAGCUGCUCGAGUUCAACGAGAUCGACAUUCCCGCCGGGGAAAGCAGGAUUCUGGACUUGUUGGGAGACUGCAUGGCCUUUGGCUGCCUGGAACGCUGCCCCGAAUGCAAGGAAGGACAGCUUAAGCUCAGGACAGACGCCUACGCCUGUACGGGCAACAUCAGCGGGUGGACCAAGUGCCAGUACCUAACCCAGGACCCCCAGAGAACGGCUUUCAAGGUGCCCCCAGAGUUCAAGGAGGCCUACCCCUUCCUGAAGAAGUACAAGUAUGUCGCCCGCAAGCGCGUCUUCCCAAAGAACCCGGCCAAGCCUUCGGAGCCAUCGACGUCUGCCAAUGGCAAGGCAGGCAAGGAUCUUCCGCUGGAUGGCAUCGAGGUUGCCCUGGGCAAGACCAGCGCAUCUGCGGAUGAGCUGAAGCAGAAGCUGAUCCUGCUGGGAGCUAAGCCAGUGUCCAAGGUCUCCGAGAAGACGCUGUGCCUCAUCUCGACGGAAGAGGACGUGAAGAAGAAGUCCAAGAGAGUGAAGGACGCCGAACUGCACAACGUGCACGUGGUCUCGGAGGACUUUAUCGAUCACCUGGCGAAGAGCAGUGGGGCCGCUGAGGCCGUGGUGGGACAGUUCAAGAUUGCGCCCUGGGGUGGAGACGCUGGAUCUAAGAUUGAGAAGUACAAGACCAAGUCUCAGAUGGACAGGAUGUUUGCCAAGAGCGGCCCGUCGACGAUGAAGCUCACGGUCAAGGGUUUGGCGGUCGUCGAGCCAGAGUCGGGCCUGGCGGACGUGGCGCACGUGUACACCCGCGAUAAGGAGAUCUUCAGCUCGGUGCUUGGCAUGGUCGACGUGAGCAGGGGCACCAACUCCUACUACAAGCUGCAGUUGCUCGAGAGCGACCAGCGGAACAGGUACUGGGUGUACCGGGCGUGGGGCCGCGUGGGCACGAGCGUGGGCUCAAACAAGCUGGAGCAGAUGGACACCCUGGAGGAGGCCAAGCACCACUUCAAGGCCCUGUUCGAGGAGAAAACGGGCAACCCGUGGUCCCAGCGCAAGGACAUGGUCAAGCAGCCCAAUCGUUUCUACCCGCUUGAGCUGGACUACGGGCAGGAGAGUGGUGGCAAGAUGGAGAAAAUGAAGCCCAACAAGAACUCGAAACUCCACCAUGCGGUGCAGGAGCUCAUCUGCAUGAUCUUCGACAUGGACAACUUUAAGAAAACAAUGGUUGAGUUUGAGAUUGACCUGACCAAGAUGCCCCUGGGAAAGCUGUCCAAGAGGCAGAUUCAGCAGGCCUACUCGGUGCUGACCGAACUCUCCGAGCUGAUCAAGAACGGGGGCAGCGAGUCAAAGUUCCUGGACGCUUCCAAUCGCUUCUACACCCUGAUCCCGCACGACUUUGGGAUGAGGAAGCCCACCAUCCUCAACAACGAUGAGCUCAUCAAGCAAAAGAUUGGCAUGGUGGACUCCCUGCUGGAGAUUGAAGUGGCCUACAGCAUGCUCAAGGCGGAGGCUACGGAGACUGGCACACACCCCGUGGACUUCCAUUACAGUCAGCUCAAGGCGGGCAUCGAGGUGGUCUGGAGGGACUCCGACGAGUUUGCCCUCAUGAGCAAGUAUGUGGAGACCACCCACGCCGAGACCCACCGCUCUUACAAGCUGCAGAUCCUGGAGCUGUUCAAGGUGGCCAAGGACGGGGAGGCCAAGCGCUACAAGCCCUUCAAGAAGUUGCCCAACCGGAAGUUGCUGUGGCAUGGCUCCCGGCUGUCCAACUAUGCUGGAAUCCUGUCCCAGGGGCUGCGCAUUGCUCCUCCAGAGGCCCCCGUGACGGGCUACAUGUUUGGCAAGGGCAUCUACUUUGCGGACAUGGUGUCCAAGAGUGCCAACUACUGCUGCACCUCCCCCAGUAACCCUGUGGGCUUGCUGCUCCUCUGCGAGGUGGCCCUGGGAAAUAUGUACGAAUGCAAGACCGCCGAGUACAUUACCAAGUUGCCACCCAACACGCAUUCCACCAAAGGUGUCGGCAUGACCUACCCACACCCCAGCAACAAGGUGGUGACCCCCGACGGGGUCGAGGUGCCCCUGGGUCCUGCGGCCAAGGACGCCGGGCAGGGAGGUUCGUCCCUGCUCUACAACGAAUACAUUGUGUACGACACAGCUCAAGUCUCCAUGAAGUACCUCAUGAAGGUCAAGUUUGACUACAGCCGCUGAAGGACGUCGCGUUGAACCUCUGCUCGGAGAGCGCUGGGAGGAGAGGUGCCUGAACGCCUGCUUGGGAAUGACGGCACUAAACUUUGCCUAGUGUGUGCACGUGUGGAAGCUUUGUUUGCAGGAUCCAGUAACUACCAAAGGAUUGCAGCAGUACGAUCCCUCUAAGCAGCUCGUUUCAUUUAUCACAUUCAUUUUGAGGUCACAGCUGUAAAUAAGAGCACCUUUCAAGAUUUUAAAGUUUUGAUUGAAGCGUGUCGCUUGGAGGGUAAGAUACCAAACAAGCUAGUUCUAGAUUGUGGUUUUCUUUGCCUCUUUCAUUCCAGGAGCACGCUCGUGCUUCAAAGUUUGUUAUGUCCCUGUCGACAGUGUUGAUGUUGUCGGCCAACUUGCGGUGCUAGCCCGUUUCUAUGCAAGGAAAGGUUUCUCGCAUUUCUGUUUUCUACACAGUUCAGAAUGUAUCGUGCAUAAUUGCAUUUUUACUACUGUUAGGCUAGUGAGGCAUUUACGGGUUUGCUUUUGUGCCAGUCAUUGUUUUCCUGGGGGUCUCGAAAUACAACCGUGGAUAAAAUUCAAAACGCUUCUUAGUCAAUGCUACAUCUUGUUUAAUCUUCCCAAUUUUUCUCUGGGUUUGUUUUUGUCAUUUAUGACUAUUCCUCAGCUGCUUCAAAGGCACAAUCUCAGGGUUGCCAGCAUUGUGCGGAAUCGUAAUUCCAACCGUGCUUCAGAUCUUCGGUUAACUUGUGGACUUUGUUCGAAGUCAUAUCGGAGUCCCCAUGUUUGAUUUGACUGCUUGUGAAUGCUUGUUCUGGGUGUAACUUAAUAUUGUGGCACAUUGAAAGAAUGCAGCCUUUUAAGGCCCCUGUUAUUGUUCCAGCAUUGUGCCGAAUCGUAAAUCCAGCCAUGCUUCAGAUUUUCAGUUAACUUGUGGACUUUGAAGUCAUAUCGGAGUCCUCGUGUUUGAUUUGACUGCUUUUGUACGAUUUUUCUGGGUGUAACUCAAUAUUGCGGCACAUUGAAAGAAUGCAGCUUUUUAAAGCCCCUGUUAUUGCUCCUGUGUGUAUGGAUGUAGUUGUAAGCUGCAGAAGGGUACUCAAAGGCAGCAGAAGUAACAGAAUUUUAAGCCAAUAUAACAAACUGUGUCAGUAUGGUGUGUUGUAGGUUAGCAACAGCAGAACAAGGCUCUCCGAUAAAGCUCUCUACAUGCCACGGUCGGCAGCUUCCUUCUCUCCAGUGUUCAAUCUGCUAAAGUUGAGAGGGUGUAGGGCUUUGUCCGAGGAGCCUGUUUUGCUAUUCUUAACCUGCAGCAGACUGUAGGAAGACCUGUGGUCAGUUGAUAAUGGGGAAAUGCCAGGAACAGGAUCUUGUUGUGUCUGGUUGUCUGCGCUGCGUGCUGUGUUUGGCUGACCUGGCGUGUGGGCUAUGCGACACUUGGCCCAAACAUUCCAUGGCACUGUCUUUGCAAAGACGCGUCCCGAAAGGCUUCGCAACGCCGAACGAGGAAACUCGCCAAUGAAUGCAGCGGCGGACACUGGGAUUCCGACGAGGUACGUGUAGAAGACGCCGUGGAGGUCGUGGAUGUGGAGGGCCUCGACCGUGCCCUCCUCUCCUUGGAGACACUUGGUGUAGUUGAAGACUCUCGUCUUGACCAUGCGGUCGAGCAGGUGGCUGUCGAUCAUGUACGCUGCCGUGUGGAAAAUUGGUUUUGUGUGCAGUUAACCAAAGCAGCUUGUGAUAACUACGCGUUACCUUCGGGGUUUUUGUCGAAAUGUUUCCUCAAAUAGUUUGUCGUUUUUUUUUUUUUUUU